CUAUUUAACGAUUUAAAAACAAGUCUUCAGAAAUGUAAGCUUCCUUACUUCUGGGAUGGCAAUCUAAAUUUAUACGAAAACAUUGGGGAAUCCAGCUUAUUGGAGAUGAGAAAAUGCGUAGAAAAUAAAGCAGCAACACUAGCAAAGUUUAAAGGAUUACGAGGCAUGGCAGACAAUGAUAACUACAGGGUGUAUGCAAUAUUUUUGACAGAAGCGGAACGCUUGAAAAUGGGUAUGCAAAAAAAUGGGACCAUACCAUUUUUACCUCAACCUGAAGAAAAUGAGCAAACUAGCACCUCACAUUGGCCUAAAUGCAGCGUAAGCUAAUCUUUGUUCCCGUUGGAAAAAAAUAUGUUAGUUAAUAUGCAAUUUUUAAAACCAGGAUUAUUAUUCUUCCAUUAUGUAUGUGAUCUUUCAUUGUAAACCGAAUAAAAAUUAUAACCAGACAAUUGAGAGCAAGCCAGGAGUAAAUCCUGACAUAAUUUUACCUUUGUCGGGCACUUGUACCUUA